ACAGCCUCCCACGACCUGCGCCGUUAUUACUGCACGAUAAAGAGGCACUUCCCCGCCACUCCCAGGAACCAAGUGAAAAGAGGAGGCAUCUGCAAAAAUUCAAAGAGACCGGGGUGCGAAAUCACGAGAUCCAGGUCCGGGGCCUGGAACAUCAUCACAGAUCACACUUGCUUGCACCGCUCUACGCUAAAAAAGCCGUGCAGCGUGCAAGCCCCCCCCUGCGACACCGGACCACAGUCCGUGCCCCCUUCCCCGCCAUCAAAUCGACAGGGGGCUAAAUCACCCCAUACCUAAAGGGGGAAGGGAACCUCGGGAAAGAUGCCGCAUCGCGUCACCAACUUCUUCAGGUCAUCCACCAACUCUCUCGAGAUCCAGGUGUCCAACUUCAAGAAAACGGCCGCGAUUGCUGCGCGGAGGCGGGUAUCGCCCAGCAGAAACAAGAAAGCCCGGCCAAGCCCUGUGAGGGCGGUUUCAUAUGCCUCAACUUCCACCGAGGGCGACGCUGAGGAAACUCCAGCGCCAGCCUAUUCGCCCCCGGCCGGGAGAAUGGCGGAAGCUUCUCGCCAGAGCAACUCAUCCUCGGAGCCCAGCAGAGACCAGAAUCAGCACCACCGCAGAUUAUCCUUUCCCAGCCUGCACCUUGGCCGGCUGACCAAGGAGAGCCUGUCCCACGCACACGCGACUCUGGGCUGGAAGCUCGAGUCACCCCCGAUCGUCUUCUACGGAGAUGCCGAAAACAGCUCUGGGGCCAUUGUCUCGGGUCAGCUGUUGUUGAACGUCACCAGGGAAGAGGGGCUCGAAUUGGAGUCCUUCAAUGCGACCCUGAGCAUUCACAUCACGCAAAAGAGGCCCUUCGCCGCGCACUGCCAUGACUGCGGAAUCCAGGUCACUGAGCUGCGCAAUUGGACUUUUCUCGAGCGGCCCUUGUUUUUGGCAAAGGGCCAACACACUUUCCCUUUUUCCGUCCUUCUCGAGGGCCACCUUCCGACGACAGUGGAUGGCCCGCUGAACUCAGUCUCCUACCAUCUGAAGGCCUCGGCGAGUCCCAGGAAGGUCAAUGGCUCUGCGCUUCCCACCAUCAAUUUCGAGAAGACGCUCGAUGUGAAGCGCAGCCUUCCCGUGCCUGACCUGCCCCACCACUCGGUCCGCGUUUUCCCACCAACCAACAUCAAGGCCAGCGUACACUAUCCCCAGGUGAUCCACCCCAUCGGCAACAAUACGCUGAGCCUGCGACUGGACGGCAUCGCCAAGCACAACGCGAAGGCCGACAUGAUCGAAUAUUGGAAGCUCAAGAAGCUGACCUGGCGGCUCGAGGAAACCGCCAAGUCCGUCGCCCCGGCGUGCCCGAAGCACCGCGCCAGCGACACGACUACGGAGGAGGAGGAGCCGGCGAAGAAAGGAAUACAGCGGGUGGACACGCGCAUUGUGGGCGAGAAGACGCUGUUCAGCGGGUGGAAGUCCAACUACGGCACCGUCUCAGACAGCCUGGUGGAGAUGGAGCUGGACUACCAGCUGGGCAGGCACAUGCGCUUCAACUGCAACUCCCGCUCGCGCGACGGGCCGCAGGUCACGCACCAGCUGAUGAUCGAGAUGGUCGUCUCGCAGGAGAUGGCCCCGACCAACAAGCCCUCCCAGUCCACCCCGACGGGCGUCGGCCGCAUCCUGCGCAUGCACUUCGGCACCGUGCUGACCGAGCGCGCCGGCUUCGGCAUCAGCUGGGACAACGAGGCCCCGCCCAUCUACCAGGACGUGCCGCCGAGUCCUCCGGCCUAUUCCGCGGGGAGCGGAUCCGACAUCUGCGCCAUCGACGAGGCCAUCGAGCCCCUGGACGGCGUCAUCACGGCUUGGUCGGGGUCGGGCAACAGACGGUCCGCCGAGGUCAGCUGUACUCCCGCGGGAGCGGAGCGAACGAGCGAACGGAUAUGAGAGGCUGGGGGUUGCUGCAAGGAGCUUUACGUCUUCUUUUUUGG